AUGGCCACCACCGACGCCCCUCCGCCCACCCGCCCCAUAAAGCUCCUCAUGAUCCACGGGUACACGCAAUCCGGCCCUCUCUUCUACGCCAAAACCCGCGCCCUCGAGAAGAUCCUCAUAAAAUCGUUCCCAGCCGGCGUGUCGCUGCACUACCCCACAGGACCCAUCCGCCUGUCGCCCGCCGACGAGCCCUUCCUCGCGACCAGGGACGGCGGGGAGACGCCGGAGGACGAGAUCGAUGCGUGGGCGUGGUGGAAGAAGAAGGGGCAGGGGGACCAGUACGUGUAUGAGGGGCUCGAUCGGGGGUUCGCGCAGUUGGCGACGGCGCUGAAGGAGGAGGGCCCGUUCGAUGGCGUAAUCGGGUUUUCGCAGGGCGCGUGCGCGACGGGUCUGCUUGCUUCGGCGCUGGAGCCCGGGAGGAAGGAGGUCUUUGAGAAGUUGCAGAAGGAGGGCGGUAUUGAGUUCCCGAGUUCCUUGCUCGAUGCGUCGGGGGAGACGAUUCAUCCGCCGUUCAAGUUUGCGGUUUCGUAUUCUGGGUUUGCGCCUGUGGGCGUGGAUGCGUAUAGAGCGUUUUUCGAGCCGAAGAUUAAGACACCACUUUUGCAUUUCAUUGGGUGUUUGGACACCGUGGUAGAGGAGAAAAGGAGUCUGGCCUACAUCGAUACAUGCGAACAGCCCGCAACUUUGUAUCAUCCCGGAGGCCACAUUCUGGCCAGUCAAAAGAUUCAUGUGACGGCACUGAUUCGUUACAUCUACGAACAGCUGUACAAAUCAGAAAACCCGGAUAAAGCAACGCAGGAAGAGAGCGUCGAAGAUAUGGAUGUUCCAUUUUGA